UUAAACCAAACAGCUUCUCUCAUCAAACAAGAUCAAUUCAUCUUAACUUCAGCAAUUAGUUCAAAGCUUCUUUUUGGUUUCUAAUACUAGAAAUGGCAUUCUUGAGAAGUUUAUUUGCUACCAAGCAAAUCAUUCGCCGGUCUUUUACUAUGGAAUCAUCAUCAACACCCAAAGGGUUCUUCGCUGUGUAUGUUGGAGAAAAUCUGAAGAAGAAGAGAUAUCUUGUUCCGGUUUGUUUCUUGAACAAGCCAUCUUUCCAAGCUUUGCUUAGGAAAGCAGAAGAAGAGUUCGGUUUUGAUCAUCCAACCGGAGGUUUAAGUCUACCAUGCGACGAAGCUUUCUUCUUCACUGUCACUUCUCAAAUUCGUUGAGCCGACACAAUUGUUAAAAGAUGUUUACACUCUCUUAGUUUAAGGAGGGAAAUACACAUUGUAAAUAUUACACUUUUAUAUACACACCGAUGAGAAUAAUCUAUUUUGC